AUGUCGGAUCCAACUCCGGCCACGCGUUUCUCCCUUGCCGCGGAGACCCGAAACGUGGCCAGGCCCAUUCCCGCCCCCCGAAAGUUACUAACUCCAGCGUCCCCGGUCCCCCUUGUCUCUGCACCACCUCCCCCAGCCCUCGUGAUUUCGCAAUCUGUUCCUGUAACCCCAUCCCCCUCGGUGAAUCCUGCGGCGCCCCCUCCCCAUCCUCAUCCCUCUCCCGUCUCCAGUGUCGCAAGCAGCGAGCACCCUGCUCCGUGUUCCACUCCCCCCACGAGCCUUAUCUCCAGUGUCGCAACCCCCACUCCCCCCGCUCCUCCCGCGUUGCUCCAUGCUGCCGUCAUUGCGACUACCGCUCAUAUUUUAACUGCAUUACAAAGCCACGUUGCACCCCUCUCCCUGACCCCUCCGCUGCCUCCUGCCACCACGGAGUCUGCCCCACCGUCAGCAGCGGGUCCCGCCUCGGCUCCUGCGCCGACACGAGCCGCUGCUGGCUCUAACCCUGCUGUACCCACGGCGUCCCCGCCGCCACGCGCGGCGGCCGCUGUGCCUGUAUCCUCUCUUCCCGCAGCACCUCCUGACACCACUGCUCAAGCUGCACAACUCCCAGAACCGGCACCAGUCCGAAAAACCCCUAUCUCACUGUUCCAUUUCCCUCCAUCUCCCGUUUCUCCGCUCCCUGCCGAAGUUCCAACCUACGCUGCCCGGUCCAACCCAACCCCAUCAGCUCCCCCCACCUCACCCGGAGUUGUUCCCCUUCUGCCCGCCGAGACCAGCGUGCCCCCACUCCCCGACCACGCGGCCCUCUCUGCUGUCCCCCCGCACUCAGCGGCCCCCGCUCCCUCUUCCCCAGUGCCAACAAACUCUGCUUCCACCCCUUCCCUCGCCGCCCCCGAGGUUUCGGGCCCCGCCACCCCGCCCACCCUCAGCAUUGUAGUUCCCGCGGCUCCGCUCCCUGCCCCCCGCCGCCCCCGUGCCCUAGCCCCCAACACCCCUGCCGCCAAGCCGCUCGUUCCAGCGGUCCCCCCUUCACCUGUCCCUCCUAAAAAUCCGCAGCUUGUUACUGCAGCCGCCGCUCCGACGGCACUCCACAAGUCCGCUGACCUCCUACCCCCCGCUACGGGCCCCCCUCUCAACCCCCCCGUGCCGCCUUCGUUCCCGACAAGCGGUGCCUUCGCAGCACCCGUGGAGCCAACAGCCCCACCGCCAUUCAGCAACACCAUCCUGAGCGGUGCUGCCCAGCCCGAUUCACACCUCCCGCUCCUCCACACCACUCCCCCAUGCUGCCCUGCAGUGCUGACGUCAUCCACGCAUGCGCAGUCACAGCUUCUAUCGCCGAUGCUGCUGCCGCCGGCCACGGGUCCCCCGUGCCGCCCCUCAACCACAGCCUUUCUACAACCCUCCGUACCAGCCUCUCAAACCGCGGAGGGGGAGAGAAAGGACGGGCACGGAACCCCGACUCUACAGCUGCAGCCAUCAGCAUCAUCUAUCCCACCGCCUAGCCUAGCCACUGUCCAGCUCCCGUCACGCGUCUUCACGAAGCUGCGUCCACCACCAAAACCACCCGACCCCGGCACACAGCGCCCGCCGGUCUCUGCACCACUGCUAACACCAACACAACUCCCGUCUGCAUCCACUGUGACAGCAACACCGCCCGACACCGCAAAACAGCAAACAGUGACAAUCCAAGCAAAGAAACUUGGAAAGACUUUGAGAGAAAAAUUCAAAGAGCUCUUAAAGCUCAAGCAGAAGUAUGAGACCACUGUCAUACACCUGAACCCCCAGCAAGUUUGCAGACUGCAGAGAGAAACCAAGAAGCAAGCACCUGAACUAUGCAAAGUCACCAAGAGAAAGUGA